UCGUUUUUGAAAAGCCAUUAGAAUUUCGAAUAAAAUUCCAAGCGCUAAAGAUAAAGUACUCGAUGUUGUCCGUUAAUGAUAAAGGGUUUUUCAAGUUUCGAUUAUUUUUUCACCAGUUACUUCGGUAUACAUACCAAGCAGCGGACUUGCUGAUCUCAUUUCCAACGACGAAUCGUAAUUAACGUCAUGCUGCAACGAUUGACAAUAUUAUUUGUUGCGGUGGUGAACGUUCGCGCCUGCGGAACGAGAACGGAAACUAUCUCAAGCAAUGAUUGGUGGAAAACGACAGCUUUUUAUCAAAUCUAUCCGAGAAGCUUCAAGGACAGCGAUGGGGACGGUGUUGGCGAUCUGAACGGAAUUACCAGUAGAUUGGAGCACCUGGCUGACGCGGGAGUUGGCGCGUUUUGGAUAUCACCGAUUUAUCCGAGUCCGAUGGCUGAUUGGGGAUACGACGUAUCAAACUUUACGGAUGUUGAUCCCACUUUUGGCACCCUCGAUGAUUUCGACAGGCUUGUUACGAAGGCGAAAACUCUCGGCUUGAAGGUGAUUCUGGAUUUCGUGCCGAAUCAUAGCUCCGAUCGGCACGAAUGGUUUGACAAAAGUGUCCGGCGCGUGGACCCCUACACCGAUUAUUACAUUUGGCACGACGGAAGAGAAGGUCCAAAUGGAACUAAUCUACCACCGAACAAUUGGCUAAGCGGCGUCUUGGGAUCCGCCUGGGAAUGGAACGAAGAAAGAAGUCAGUAUUAUUAUCAUAUAUUCGGCAAGGGACAGCCUGAUCUCAAUUACAGAAACGAAAAUGUAAGAAGGGAGAUGAGGGACGUUCUUUCGUUCUGGUUGAAAAGAGGUGUGGAUGGCUUCCGUAUAGAUGCGAUUAACCAGAUGUUCGAGAAUGAGGAGCUUGAAGACGAGCCUCCGUCUAAUGAGGAAAACGCGACAGCCGGAUCCUACAAUUCUCUCAAUCAUACCUUCACCUGUGAUUUGAAUGAAACCUACUCGGUUCUCCAAUCGUGGAGGGAACUUCUCGACGAGUAUUCCGAGGUGACUAACACCGCCAGUAAAGUGAUAUUAUCCGAGGCAUGGGCCAGAAUAGAUUUGGUGAUGAAGUAUUACACCUACGGUUCCAACCUACCCUUCAAUUUCGAGUUCAUUUUCUACGCUGGGAAGGAUUCAACCGCCGUAGAGCUGAAAAAUCUCAUUUACCAAUGGCUCGAUAACAUGCCCGAGAAUUACGUCGCGAAUUGGGUAAUCGGAAAUCAUGACCACAGGCGUGUCGCUUCCAGAUUCGGCACGGAUCGUGCGGAUCAGAUGACAGUUCUUUGCUCGAUUCUCCCCGGGAUCGUUGUCACGUACUACGGGGAUGAAAUCGGCAUGCUCGACGGCGAAAUAUCCUGGGAGGAGAGUGUCGAUCCGUUGGCUUGCAACAGUGACAGAGACCAUUACGAACUGUACACUCGUGACCCGGCGAGAACUCCGUUCCAAUGGGACAAUUCAACCAGUGCGGGAUUUUCGUCUAAAAAUGAAACAUGGCUUCCGGUUAAUGAGAAUUACAUGUCUCUCAACCUCGAGGCUCAAAAGGCAGCGGGGCACUCACACUAUCGUGUUUACCAGGCCAUGAUGGAACUGAGAAAGUUGGAUAUACUGCAGCGAGGAUCUUUGAUCGUGGAGGUUUUGGGUGACAAUGUCCUAGCUGUUGUCCGAACAGUUACCGGAGCGUCUCCGAUAAUCGCGCUAUUGAACUGUGACAGAACCUCACGGAUAGUUAACGUCACGGACGAGCUCGACGAAAUGAUCGUCUACACUUCGAGUGUCGCCUCCGAUAUCGUUCCGGGAAGCAGGAUAUCCACUAAAAACUAUCAAUUGCAAAGUGCCGCAACGGUGGUUCUCACUUCCGAAAAAUUGUACAAUAUCGUCAAGGGACGAGUGCCGUAAGUUAGGAUUUCUGAUACAGCGGCUAUUCGGUAGGAUAUUUUUCAAAAAAUAAAGAACAAAAAAAAGAACAACGGAAGGAAAUACGUGGUAUCUUCCUACUAUCGGUUAUUAAAAAAAUACGCAGUGAUAAAAGGAGAUGAUCAAUCACAAUUUCUAGCGCUACACAAAAGUAUGAAGCUUUAUCGGCAAAUUACUGUCCGUAAAAAAAAAGUAAAAGUGUUAUGGUUGAUUCCAGGAAA